CGGGUAGGGCAGGAAUCUACACGAAGAUUCAAGUAAUACUAGAAAAGAUCCGUAUGAUAGUUUUUCUUUUAAGUACUAGGAGACAAAUUCAUUACGAGGAAGUCAUUGAGAUCUGGAGGGCAUAAGCAAGUACCCUUUUGUAUCAUACUAGGUAGACACGUCACACAGCUGUGCAACAUCAGCUCUAUGUUGAACACAAUGCAUCUCACUAACCCGUCGAACGGUGCACCGAGUACAUCUUCAUUUCCGGCGAACAACAACAAUCGCUACGGUACCAGUAACGGAGGGCAAGUGAUUCAAGGCCGACCAGUAGGUAGUCAAGGUUUCAACACCUUCAACAACGGCGGUACCAACCGGAGCGGCGUUUGUUAUAACUGCGGUAAGAUGGGCCAUUUCGCCCAGGAUUGUUGGGCUGGACGAGGUCGAAUGGGCCAACCAAGCAACUUCGAUCCAGAAUUAGAGGAGAUCAGAGAACAACAUAGGCUAACAAGGAAGGAGAAACAAGAGUUGGAGGAGAAGAGAAAGAUGGAAGAAGAUAAGAAGGCCAAAGAGGAAGAACAGGCACGAAGAGACCGGGACUUCGCACGGAAAGCGGAGGAGUUUAAGCUACAGCUGCGGCCUGAACUUCAUGAGGAGUGGCGCAAGAAGAAGUCGGAAGUCGAAGCCGCUACAAGGGCGUCAGCGAAGGAACGUGGAUCCCCGGCGGGACGGAAGACAAGGACAUUGAGACGAAGUCGACGCAAGAGACGUACCAAUAAGCGCUAUGUCAUUGACUCUUCUGAAUCGGAUACCAACGAAGACUCCGAGCAAUCAGAGUCACUCGGCUUGACGACGGAGUCGGAACUCACAGUGAAACGAAGGUCUUCAAGGAAGGGGAAGAAGAGACCUAGUGCGAGGAAUAAGACAGGCAAGCGUAGGACGAAGGAGAGGACAAAAUCUACACCACCUACCGAAGCACCAGGCGCUUGGAAGGGGGAAUGUUCAAAGCAGACAAGGAUGUUUACUCGAGGUAAAAAGCGUGAUAGCGACUCCUCUGAUCCAGGAAAGGAGCCGAGAACACCAAUGACAACGGGUUACAAAGAUCUUGUGGAUAGGUUGAGGGCAACCACACACAGACUCGAGGCUGAAGGAUGUCAACAAGCGGUCGGCAGAUGCUACGACAUCAAGGAAAUGUUCUCUCGCAUUCCCCAUGAGGCCGUGUUGCAGUCGGUUCAUCAGCUGCUACGACACUUCGAGGACUUCGAGUGGAAACAGGUGAAGCUCUCUUUCAGAGGACGGGCCUGCAACCUGAAUAAGACAGCCAGGAAACAGGAUGGUUACGUUAGUAUUAGACUGAAGAAUCUGCUUAAAGCUGUGGAAUUCGACCUUCAACACUCUUUCAUCAGAUGUGGGACAAGGGUGAUGAAGCAGAUAUUCGGUAUUCCGAUGGGCAAAUCAACAAGCCCAGUGCUGGCUUCGAUCACGUGCGCCAUGGCAGAGGAACGUUUCCUCAGGGCACUGGGCACAGACAGGAAACUGAUAUCAGGUUGGAGGAUCAUGGAUGACAUUUUGUUGGUUGCCGGCUUACCUUCUUCUGGGUACCAUGCGGGUUUUCCACUGGAUUUUUUCAACCUGUUCGAGAGCAGUUACGAUUCGAGCCUGAAGAUUGUACGGAACGACGAGUGCGGACUGACAUGGGAAUUUGUCGGUGGAACUAUGAUGAUUGGGAGUGAACCACUGCAGUUGCACUACAUACCUCGGUCAAAGAAUACCGAUUCUCUGUUUGAGACCGGCAAUCUGAAAUUCCAGACACUUCAGGACUACGCAUCAUAUUCGGACAAGAAAGUGAAGAAGGCGGUUCUAUCUGCUACCCUGAAGAGGCUCUGGGAUCAGUCUACCAGCAAACCACUGGUGUUGGGGACGAUCGCAUUUACGGUCUGCGAGACACACCUCAGGGGCUACCCCCCGGAGGUCUCUCUCGGCGCCCUAGCCAACUUGGCUAAGGCUGCGGAGAAUGGCUUACUGAGAAAGAUGUUGGAUGUGUUCACCGCUGGCACAGGUUUCAGAAAGUUCGGAUAGCAAACUGUGUGUGGGGGACCCACGAUUACCAGAUGCUGAACCUAACCGGUUUGCAGGUCGGAACCUCGCUAUUCGAGCCCCUGGGAUCUAUCAGAAUCCCGGUUUGAGGUAGUCAGCUUAUUGUAUUUUAUUUUAUUUUAUUUUAUUUUAUUUUAUUUUAUUUUCACUUGUAUUUUUAGUUAAAGCCUUUAACGAAAAUUUUGCUAUUUUCUUUGGUCCCGACUACUUGUGUUAGUAAGACUUCUUUUCACGGCGGACUGUGAGAUAAUUUUGAACUUUCCUCCUGUUAAUCUCCUUCUCGCCGGAUUGUACAGUAGGUAUGCGGGCCUAGUACGGCAUAUCCGAAAAGACUUCGGUGCGUCGACACGAAGACCCCACCCGACUGGGGGAACACUGAACGGGAAACCAAUUUAAAAUGAACCAACGCCAACAUA